GUAUAUUUUUUGUCUAUAUGAGAAGAAUCUUUGCUUUUGUGUUGCCGUGGGUCAUUGCUGGGCAGGAGUGCAGAGAAGUGAGACACAGCACAAUGCACUAGGGACUCCCCUGGGGAUGUGUUUCCAUGCAGCCAUAGUAACACCCUGUGGUUUGUGUUUGUGCUUUGGCAUGUGCUGUGAGCACUCAUUAGAGAGCAGGUACAGCAGCAAAGGUCCCACAUUGACACUGUAGCAGAGAAGUGCUAUGGCAGAUCCCGUUCCAGCCCAGAGGAGAGUCACAUCAUGUCCAUUAAGCAGAUUUGCACCCUCUCCAUCUAUAACUGAACUACAGGCGAGGGAGAAUCGCUUUAUUCUGGACUGUGUGUCAGUGGAACGGAUUUCCAAGGACUAUAGCUGCUCCCUACCAAAGCUUGGCUCCGUCAUCCCCCCUUACAAUGCUCAGAAGGAUUCCCAUGUCAAAGCCUACUUCCAAACCAAGCCGGUCCCUCCGCUGCUGAAGAAGACAGGGCAGUCACAUGGAGGGACGUCUACUCAUGGGGAACUGGCUGAUCGAUUUCAGUACAAAGGAGCUGCUGCCCUUUAUCUGCUUACCAGGAAUAACUCGGGUGCAGGCCAUUCUCCCGAGCACAAUAGAGGACACGGCUUCUUCCUUUCUUCCGUUAAACCUGUGUUUGGAUACAAUGGAAAAUUUGGCUACAGAAGAAACACUCCCUCCCUACGACGAAUGCCCUCCCCGUUUGGCACUGUUACCCGCUCCCUACUAUAUUGAUUCUUUACACAUGAUUUAACAGCGUUUUUUUCCCAUAGUACAUAGUACAUACUCUUACACAGGCUGUGCUAAAGUAGAAGCAGGUUUAAAUGAAUAGCCUAAUGCAUGGCAUUUUAACAUGUUGUGGGGACAUUCCUAACCAAAUACCCAUGUUUUGCCUCUCUAAUUAGCACGAGGCAGUGCUAUCAUGUCAUACAGAAUGCUUUGGACCUGGGGUUUUCCGGAUAAGAGAUUUUUGUGUUAUUUUGAUCU